GAUAAAGAUUAUACAUAUAAAUCAACCUGGUUGCGUUGCUUUCUUACAUGAAAAGGCUCACAAGGGAGGCCUUUUUUGACGUCUGUCAAUUGUCAAAAUGACAGCUAGACUUUUGGCGCGCAUUCAUUGUGUUUUGUUUUCGGUCCCUGUUCGUUAAACGUUAGGAACCUUUUUAUAAAAGUACAGUUUUUAGUUUAUUCAACAGUAUUUGCUCAUAAACAUUCAUUUUAUAAAUAAUAUACAUUCUUCCUUUUCUUAAUCUACUACUACUACAAUGGUGAAACGCGACUACGAUAAAGAAAGGGACAACCUCAAAACCUUCCUGAUGGAGUAUUGUGUCCAAGAUACACAAGGCAACAAAAACUUUAAAUAUUCCAAUCAAUUGACUAAACUGGCUCAUCGGGAACAGGUUUCCAUGUAUGUAGAACUGGAUGAUUUACACGACUAUGAUGAGGAACUGGCGAAUGAAAUUAUCAAUAAUACGAGAAGAUACCAAGUUCUUUUAUCUGAUAUAGUUUUUGAGCUUUUGCCCACCUUUGUUACAAGGGAUGUUGUAGCAAAAGAUGCCUUGGAUGUUUAUAUUGAGCACAGACGCAUGAUGGAACAAAGAACAAGACAACCAAACGAACAGAGAGAUCCGAGAAACCGCUUUCCGCCAGAACUCAUGAAACGGUAUGAAAUUUAUUUUAAGGAUUUAUCAACUAGAAAACAUCAGCCAAUCAGAGAAAUCAAGGCCGAUCAGCUCGGGAAACUUGUAACAGUCAGGGGUAUAGUAACCAGAUCUACAGAAGUAAAACCGAUGAUGUGUGUGGCCACUUACACCUGUGACCAGUGCGGAGCUGAAACUUAUCAACCGAUCGCUGGGUUAAGUUUCAUGCCCGAGACCUUGUGUCCGAGUGAAGACUGUAAAGUUAAUAAGUCAGGGGGCCGGUUAUAUUUGCAAACCAGAGGUUCUAAAUUUACAAAAUUCCAAGAAGUGAAAAUCCAAGAACUGAGCGAUCAAGUCCCUGUGGGUCACAUACCGAGAACUUUGACGAUAUUUUGCAGAGGUGAAGUUACCAGACAAGCUCUACCUGGUGAUCAUGUGGCCAUUACUGGGAUAUUUUUGCCACUUGUCAGGCAAGGAUUCAAACAGAUUACGUCUGGCUUACUAUCGGAGACAUACGUCGAUGCCCAUAAAAUCUUAUCUCUAAAUAAAACGGCUGAAGAUGAAGUGGCCGCCAACCAAUUGACACCCGAGGAAUUAGCGAUACUGACUGAAGAUGACUUCUAUUCGAAACUGGCUCUGUCCAUAGCACCGGAAAUUUAUGGUCAUGUUGACGUGAAAAAGGCGUUAUUGUUGCUUCUGGUCGGGGGAGUCGAUAGGAGGCCUGAUGGUAUGAAAAUUCGUGGCAAUAUUAAUAUUUGUUUGAUGGGAGAUCCUGGAGUGGCCAAGUCUCAAUUAUUAGGUUUCAUUGACAGAUUGGCUCCCAGAAGUCAAUACACCACAGGUAGAGGAUCGUCGGGGGUAGGUCUCACUGCCGCAGUAAUGAAAGAUCCGUUUACGGGAGAAAUGAUGUUGGAAGGUGGGGCCUUGGUGCUUGCCGAUCAAGGGGUCUGUUGCAUCGACGAGUUCGACAAAAUGGCGGACGCAGACCGUACUGCUAUUCACGAGGUGAUGGAGCAACAAACCAUUAGUAUCGCUAAAGCUGGUAUCAUGACGUGCUUAAACGCUCGCGUGUCCAUCCUGGCGGCGGCCAAUCCGGCGUACGGCCGCUACAACCCGAAACGCACCAUCGAGCAGAACAUCCAGUUACCAGCGGCCCUUUUAUCCCGCUUCGACCUGUUGUGGCUGAUCCAGGACAAAGCGGACCGGGACAACGACCUGAGACUCGCCAAGCACAUCACGUACGUCCACCAGAACUGCAAACAGCCGCCGAGUCAGACGGAGGCGCUCAGUAUGUCGGUGAUGCGUCGCUACAUCGCACUCUGCAAGAUGAAGGAUCCCGCCAUUCCGGAGGGACUCACCGAUUUCAUCGUGAACGCUUAUGUCGAGCUGCGUAGGGAGGCGAGGAACUCUCGCGACAUGACCUUCACCUCGGCGAGGAACUUGCUGGGAAUUUUGAGGUUGUCCACCGCACUCGCCAGAUUGAGGUUAGCGAACGUGGUAGAUAAGGAUGACGUGAACGAGGCGAUCCGCCUAAUGGAAAUGAGUAAAGACUCGUUGAAUCAAACGAUCGAGAGUACGAAGGGUUACAGGCCGCCCAACGUAAACGAUAAAAUAUUUGCAAUCAUCAGGGAAUUGGCGGGAACUGAGAAAACCGUUAAAGUAUCGGACGUGAUUGACAAAUGCGCGUCCAAAGGUUACAAUCCGCAUCAAGUGGACUCUUGCAUCGAAGAGUAUGAGGAACUGAACGUGUGGCAAGUCAAUCAGACCAGAACAAAACUUACUUUUAUUUAAUGCUUGCUUUUUCUUAUUCGCUCUAUUGUACUGAUUCUUUUUUAAUAAAGUAUGUUUGAUAAGUGUCA